AUGCCAUCAUACACUUUAUCCGACAUUGCGUAUGCUAAGAUACUGGUUCAUGCUCUCAAGCAUCCACACGCGCGCGUGAACGGCGUGCUGCUCGGUACGGGAAAGGGCAAGGACGUGACGAUCUCGGACGCGGUGCCCCUGCUACACCACUGGACGAGUCUGUCGCCUAUGAUGGAGAUUGGCCUCGAUAUUACUAGGAACCACGCCGCGGACCGCGGCCUUAGCAUCGUCGGCUAUUAUCAGGCUAUGGAAUACGUCGACGCGAACGCUGCUACACUCGGACCGGUCGGAGAGCGCGUCGUAGAGAAGAUUAAGGAAGGCUUCGCGGAUGCCCUGGCUAUCGUCAUCGACGGCGCGAAAGUAGGCGUCCCCGACGACUCUGCGCUAGUGCCCUACAUACACUCUGCCGCCGGCUAUCGUCCAACUUCGGCAUCCACGGUGCAAGUAUCGGAUACUACACCUGCUCGAGUACUCGAGUUGGUGCGCACGACAUCGUUACAUGAGAAGUUCGGCGAUUUCGACGAUCAUUUGGAGGACUUGUCGGUGGACUGGCUACGGAAUGCCGUCGUACAGGAGGCACUAGACGCGAAGUGA